AUGAGUUAUUCAUUCACGCCCAUCACGAUGCUGCUAUUGGCCACCGUUUUUUGUCUGAUGACCAGUGUGCUGACGUCACAAGUACCGCCCGUUAUUCCGUUGAGCCAGAUGGACCCGGAGCAUGCCUGUCUCUUUAUUUGUAAUAUUUGUUUUCCUAAUGAGGAAGACGUCGGGAACCUCAUGACCUGCAGCAACACAGUCUGCCAAAGUUCUAGAACCUGUGAAAUGGAGAAGUUCAUCUGGCUGGGGCAUCACUGUAGACACUACGGCAUGGCAGAAAGUAUGUGGAGCCACUAA